AUGGAACAACGCUCUGAAAUCGAGGUCGAGGCUUCGCAGGCUGUGAAGAGUCUUCGAUCCAAGUUUGAGCAGCUCGCCGCCAGCGGUUCUGGUGCCAACAACAAUGGGAACAGCAACAACAGCAGUGGCUCCAAUAAUGCCAGCCCGGCGAUCAAUGGCGAGUCGUCGACGCCAUCAUCGUCGAUUGAGUCCUCGAGCAGUGCGAAGAGUCUUCGAUCCAAGUUUGACCAGCUCGCGGUUGGGAGUAGCAGCAGUAGCGGGAAUGGGAGGGCGGGGAAUGGGAUGGCUUACCAGCCUCAGUUGAAGGAUGCGGUUCAGACGAUCUCGCCAACGUCUACAGGUGCACUCAAUGCAUACGAUUCGUCGUCAUCGUCGUCGUCCGAGCCAACCUACAAUCAAAAGAGCCUGCGAUCCAAGUUUGAGCAGCUCGCUGCGGGCAGUAGCACCAGCAGCGGUACCAGCACGGCGGGCAGCAGCGGGACCUCAAGCAACAGCAGCAGCAGCAUCUUCAAAGGGACACCUGCGAUUCAAGCAGUAACCCCUACAUACACGAGCAGUCUGAACUCGAAUGACUCGGCUUCUGAAACGUCUAAUAACCAGAGCGACUCGGCCAAGGCUGCUGCACUGAAACGACCCCCUCCGCCUCCUCCGCCAUCGCGCAAUUCGAAACUACAGAAUAAACGUUCGUUGUCACCCAUGCCGAGUGUCGUCACGCCGUCGCCGUUGACGAGGCCUGUGCCGCUGCCUCCUUCGUCGCUCCUGACUGGGACAGGGGAGAUCGCGUCGGCGUUGAAGCCCGUGAAGCCGUUGAGUGAUAAACCACCGGUUCCGCCGAGACCUUCAACAAUGUCGACGUUUCAGUAUGCAACGCCAGAGGCGUCGCCUGUGCCGUCGGACGAUGAGACAGCCGGUGUUGUUGUUCCAGACGCUGACAGUGAACGGUCCUCUCGACUCUCAGCAUAUCCUCCUCCACCAAGACAUCGUGCCUCGCUUUCUCCCAAUUUGCAGUCCAUCGACGGGCUGCCUGCGACAACGUGUACUCCCCCUCCACCACCUCUUCCUACCCGCCGCAGCCCGAUGCAGAAUGAGAGUCCUCUGCCGAGAUCACCACCCCCUUCACGCACGAACAGUCAGUUCCGCCCUCCGCCUCCUCCUUCGCCUAGACUCGAGACUAUGGGUUUAGCGUUGACCGUUCCCGACCAACCCGUGCCUUCACCGAUGGAACGACGUCCAGUUGGAUCGAGCAAGCUCCCUCCUCCGCCUACUCGAACUGUCGCCAUAGGCGCAGUCCCUACACCCGUCCGCCCUGUUUCUGCAGAAUCCUCCGAUGAGGAAGAUGAAGAAGACAGACUUCUAGACCAGCUCCCCGAUUUCAGUACCUCGUCGCGGCGGCCUCCCAUUCUUUCUUUCCGACCUGGAUAUCCUGAACCUCGUAUCCCUUAUCACCCACAUACCGGUUGUGUUAUCGCAGCAGGGCCUCAUGUCGUCGUGGCUGACGAGAAGAAACUCAAGGUGUACAACCUCGAGGCGUCUGAAACGCUCGUUCAUAGUGUUGAGAUGAAGGAGUUUGGGUUGAAGGAUACCAAGAUUUCGUGUAUGGAGUUUAGACCUUGUGCGAACAAGGCGAAUCGCGGGUACUUGGUGUGGAUGGGUACGGAGAAGGGGAGUAUUGUCGAGUUUGAUAUACGUAAAGGGACGGUCACGUCGAUGAAGCCUUCGGCCCAUCUACACUCCAUCACCUACAUCUUCCGACAUGGUCGCUCGAUGGUCACCCUCGACGAGUCGGGCAAAGCACUCAUUUUCUCGCCUGACCCUGAACACCCCGACAUCGAUAUCAACCUCAAAGACUCGCAGCCACGUGCGAUCCGGACGACUGACAAGCAAGAGUUUGUGAAGCUUUUGGAUGGCAAGUUGUGGACGUCGGGCAAGUUGGAGUAUCAUGGGACGUCGAGCCAUGGGACGAGUCGCACUUUCCCUGUGGUGCGCGUCUUUGACAUUUUCAGUCCUGGUAAUUCUGCCAAGUCUGUGUUGGCGAGUGAGCAUUGCGGGAAGGUGACCUCUGGGACGAUUAUGCCCAGUCGGCCUGACUAUGCGUACCUGGGGCACGAGGAAGGUUUUGUGUCGGUGUGGAAUUUGAAUACGGAGGAUGGGUGGCCCAAGUGCGAGGAGGUUGUGAAGGUGGCGGGGUCGGAUGUGAUGAGUUUGGAGGGUGUGAAUGAUAAACUGUGGGCUGGUGGGCGGGGAGGGAUGAUUACUGCGUACGAUGUGAGUUCGACGCCGUGGACUGUGACGAAUAGUUGGGUUGCGCAUCCUGGGUUGCCGGUUAUGAAGUUGUUUGUGAACCAUUAUGCGAUUGAUAUGGGGAGGAGGAUGUGUGUUGUUAGUUUGGGGAGGGAUGAGUGUGUUAGGUUUUGGGAUGGGUUUUUGAGUUUGGAUUGGGUUGAUAAUGAACUCAUCAAGAAUGAAGGAUCGUUCAGCACGUUCCACGACAUUACGCUGCUCAUGCUCACGUUCAAUAUCAGCGCCUCUCGACCGGACGCGCUUAACACCGACCCCGGGAACCAAGAAUUCUUCAACGAGUUCUUCGCUAGUGUGGACCAACCACCUGACAUUCUCACUUUUUCCUUCCAAGAAGUCGUGGAUCUGGAAAACCGGCGUAUCCUCACCAAGAGUGUCUUCCUCAUGACCACCGGGAAGAAGGGUGACGCCCUAUCGGAUAGGGUUACUGGAAACUAUAAGAGGUGGUAUGAUCGGCUUGUGUUGGCGUUGAAGACGCAGUAUGGGCCGAUGGGGCUUGAGUAUGAUAUGGUGGCUGUUGAGUCGCUUGUUGGUUUGUUUUCGUGCACGUUUGUGAAGAAGAGUAGUCCGCCGUUGAUGCUUAAGGAUAUUGCGAUGACGUUUGUGAAGACUGGGUUUGGUGGGAAGUAUGGGAAUAAGGGAGCGAUCAUUUCGAGAUUGGUCGUUGGAGAUUCGAGUUUCUGUUUUGUCAAUUGUCAUCUUGCUGCUGGACAGCAUAGUGUUCGACGGCGGCAUGCGGAUAUUACGACUUUUAUUGAGAACAAUACGUUGUUCCCUUCGUCGUCGAAUGAGUUGACGUAUGUUGGUGGUGGAGAUGGGACGAUGAUUUUGGAUCAUGAAUUUGUUCUCUGGAACGGAGAUCUAAACUACCGCAUCGACCUACGCCGUGAAGCCGCGCUUUCAGCUAUCAAGUUGGGCGACUUUGCGCUCCUCCGCGCCCACGACCAACUCUUGCGCGAAAUGAAGACGAACCGCGGUUUCCGUCUGCGGGGUUUCAACGAAGGCCCACUCAAUUUCGCUCCAACCUACAAAUACGACCCACGCUCACACGAGUACGACACUUCAGAAAAACGGCGUACGCCCUCCUGGUGUGAUAGGAUAUUAUGGCGGAGUCGAGUCCCCGGUCGAAUGAAGCAGUUGCAUUAUAAGCGGUAUGAUGAUGUGACUGUUUCUGAUCAUCGGCCUGUUAGUGCUGCGUUUAGGGUUACUACGAAGAUGAUUCAGGGGGAGGCGAGGGCGAGGAGUAAGGCUAUUGUUGAGGUUGCGUGGGCUGAUGAGAGUGAGAGGCUUUUGGAGUUUGCGAGGGCGUUUUAUGUGAGGGAGGCGUUGUUGUGA